CAUAACUAGAAUACCGUUAUCUAACCCAGCUAUAUGAUAUUUCGUCGGCACAUGCCCUGAAGCUAGGCGGACAACUGCACUCCAACCCCCUGUACCGUCCCUGCUCAGGUAAUAUCGAGCUGGCUCACAGAUGUUGUGAUUCCCGAGGAAGUCGCCAUGAUUUAGCCCCACAUGAUCACAGAGGAACCUGCCGUCCUCCCUUCAACCCUCACUUUUCGUCCUUGCUGGUUUUUUAUGUUACACUUGCUGCCAGUCCACUGUCUAUGUAUUUGGUCCAAAGCCUACUUGGCAGAUCUGGAGAUUCGCCCUGUCAUUUGUUGCUGACUACAUUCGCAAGACAGGAGCUGGCCUCCAACCCAUCAUCUGAGACUGAUAUUAUAUAGAUUCUCCCCCUUCAGGUCUGUAGACCGCUGAAACCUCUGUCAUCAAACACCAUGGUAAGGCGAAGUGCAAGAAUCAGACGCAAUGCUGUACCUGUUCAAGGCCAAUGGGAUAUCCUCCCACAUGGGAUGGGCAUUCUCCCUACUUCUGGCAGUCAACCUAUGAAGCAAGCUGGGCCUUUAGAAAAGACUUCGGGAACGAAGUCAGCCAAUAACGAUGAGUUCAAUUCUAUGUCAGGGGAGCCGUGGGAGAAAGUGGACGGCACACUUGCUCAAGAGGAUAAUGACACCAAUGAGUCACAACUUAACAAGAACUCUGCAAUCAUGCGAGAGGGUAGAGCCCAAAUUUUAAUAAACAUAGCCGCGCCUAAAGAACAUGACGAAGCCCACCGGGAGGUUAGAACGCAGUCUCAGUGCCCCGAUGAGACAACUACACUGAGGCGAUCAAAUCGAAUACGUGCACGAGCCCAGGCCACUGAGGGGUGUGAUGAAGGGCAUGAGAUAAAGGAGCCGUUGCCGAAGAAAGCCAAGACGAUACCCAGCGAAGCGAAACUUGAAGCUAAUGCUCUGGAAUCCAGUGACCCGUUGGGCAAGCCUAAACGAACUCCUCGCAAGACGAAAGACAACCCCUACGGAUUAACUCCAGGGAGAAGUCCCUUCCCUGAGUGGCAGGCCCCCAGCGCUGCUCAAUGUGAAGAGGUAUAUUGGCUUCUUGCAAGUAUCCACGGGGAGGUCAAACAACCGGCAACUAUCCCAGCCCCUUCACUCGAAGUUGCGGGCUGCGGAGAGGUCCCCUCUGUCCUUGACGCUCUCCUAAGGACCCUCUUGAGUGGUGCUGUAACCUUCGACGGUGCAGAUAACAUGGUGAAAGCAAUUAUCCGAAAAUAUGGCACUAUCAAUGAUGAGCUUGCAGCAGGCUCGAUCAAUUGGAACAGGAUUCGGCUGUCUACUAUCGAAGAGCUGGGGAAAACGAUUUACAUAGGUGGGCUAGCCAACAGGAAGUCCACUGCCAUCAAAGGCAUCCUUGACAUGGUGUAUCAGGACAACCUACACCGGCGUGAAGCAUACUUGGUGGAGAAAGCAACUGGUGUGUCCGCCAAUGUCUAUGGAGCGUCACAGAAGACUCAAAGCCAGAAGGACCUGGAGAUAUUGAAAACAGACCGAAACAUUCUCUCACUGGAUCACUUACUUGGGUUAUCUGUUGACGAGGCGAUGAAGCAGUUCACAAAGUUUCCCGGAAUUGGCGUGAAGACAGCUGCCUGUGUUAUACUCUUCUGCCUCCAACAACCAUGCUUUGCGGUGGAUACUCAUGUUCACAGGUUCUCACGAUGGCUAGGCUGGACACCACCCAAAGCAGACGAGAACGACACAUUUAGUCAUCUGGAAGUUCGUUGUCCUGACCACCUCAAAUACGGGCUACAUCAACUGUUCAUCCAUCAUGGAAAACAAUGCGGCCGAUGCAAGAUGUCUACAGUAGAGGGAACCAAGGAAUGGGAGACCGUUGUUUGUCCCCUUGAACACUUACUUGUCCGUGGCAAAAGGGUGACGAAGGUCCAGAAGAAACCUAAGAAAAUGGCCAAGGCUAAAGCUAACGGCGAAGGAUUUAACUCUCAGGAAGAUGAUAUUAAGUCAGACAUAUUAGAGGAUGACUCAUCCAUCUUGGGUGCUGAGCAAGAUUGAUUCGACAUAUUGACAUAUA